UCAUUUAGAUAGUAGAAUGACCACCGAAUCACGGAAAGAACGUGUUAAUAUUGUUUUUAUUGGACAUGUCGACGCUGGAAAAUCAACUAUUGGAGGUCAACUAAUGUAUCUAACAGGAAUGGUCGACAAAAGAACUUUAGAGAAAUAUGAGAAAGAAGCAAAAGAAAAGGGCCGUGAAAGUUGGUAUUUGUCGUGGGCAUUGGAUACAAAUGAGGAAGAGCGUGAAAAGGGAAAAACUGUUGAAUGUGGACGUGCCUAUUUUGAAACGGAGAAGAAGCAUUUUGCAAUUCUGGAUGCUCCCGGACACAAAUCGUUCGUUCCAAAUAUGAUUUCUGGUGCCGCACAAGCAGAUAUUGCAGUUUUGGUCAUCAGUGCCCGCCGUGGUGAAUUCGAAACAGGCUUUGACAGAGGCGGUCAAACCCGUGAACAUGCAAUGUUGGCAAAAACUAUUGGAGUGAAGCAUAUGAUUAUUUUAGUUAAUAAAAUGGAUGACCCUACAGUAAAUUGGGAUGUUGGCCGUUACAAUGAGAUUCAAGAAAAAUUAACUCCAUAUCUACGUAAAUGUGGCUUUCCUAAACAAGAUUUCAUCUACAUGCCUUGUUCUGGUUUAACUGGAGCUUUCUUAAAAGAGCGGCCUUCGGCUGAUGUCUGUAACUGGUACACUGGACUUUGCUUUUUGGAUUAUUUGGAUGCUUUGCCGCCGAUUAAACGCGAUUUAGAAGGGCCGACUAGGGCAAUUGUUGCAAAUAAAUUUUCGGAUAUGGGCACAAUUGUAGUUGGCAAGUUAGAAUCAGGAAUGAUAACAAAAGGGCAACAAAUGUUACUUAUGCCAAAUCGUAUGCCUGUUCAAGUACUUUCUUGUCACGUUAAUGAAACGGAAACUGAUCAAGUUUAUGCUGGAGAUAGUUUUCAAUUAAAAUUAAAAGGCGUUGAAGAUACUGACAUAAUGUCAGGUUUUGUUCUUUGUUCUACUGAUAAGCCUUGUCCUGUUGGACGUAUUUUUGAUGCUGAGGUUGUAAUUUUGGAUUAUAAAUCAAUUAUUACGUCUGGUUUUACUUGUGUUUUGCAUAUACACGAAGCUAUUGAAGAGAUUACUGUUAAGCAUGUAAUCGGCACGAUCGAUAAAAAAGACCCGAACAGCAAAAAACCUGCAAGAUUUGUCAAACAAGAUGAUAAAUGUAUUUUGAGGUUAGAAUCGACAGAACAAUUUUGUAUGGAUCUUUUUAAAAAUUUUGCACAAAUGGGACGUUUUAUGUUGAGAGAUGAAGGUAAAACAAUUGGAAUUGGAAAGAUUGUUAAAAUUGUUGAAUAAAAAAGGAACAAAAAUUUUUAAGAAAAGUUUUGUGGUAUUUUAUUGUUUUUUUAUUCGACUUUAUUUUUUGUUUUUUUUUUUAAUUUGUUUUUUGGGUUAAUUAAAUUCUAAAAAUAAAAUGUAAAAUAAAUUAAUUUUGAAAAUUAGAAAUUAUUUUUAAAAAUAUUCCCUUUAAAAAACAAUUAGGAUUCGGUGUAAACAAUUCGGCUUGAGAAUAAUCUAGAGAGCAAGAAAAACCAGGAUUAUGGAAUAAUGUUUGUUGUAAAUGUCCAGUUGACUUCCCACCUGUCCGCAAAGAGAAUC